AUCAAAUUUACAGAAUCUUUACAUUACAUUGUUCGUAAUAAUUAUCUUUUAUAUAUAUCCUUUACAUGCAUUAGAAGAAGUGAAAACAUUUUCUUAUGAAGAAAAGAAUUUUGGGCCAAAAGAAAUACCUCAUGUGUUACGUAUAAGUUCAUAUGAUGAUGGUACGGUAGUAGCAAGAAUAGUUAAAACUAAUGUGGAUAAAUCUACAUCAAUUAAACAUUGUAAUCAUGAAAUAUUUUCUUUAAGAUUUAUUUAUCCUAAUGGAACAGUUAUCGAAAAAGAUAUUGAUUUAGAAGGUGUUGAAAAGUUCAAUUAUUGUGCUAUUUAUAAUACUGGUUUUGACGAUCUUUUAGAAUAUGAUUUAAUAAGACCGAAUCAAAUUUUAAUCCGUUAUUUUAAUACGACAAAUUUUAAUGAUGUUAGCACAUAUGAAGGAUGGGGAAUGAUAAUUGAUUUUGAUGGAAAAUUAUAUGACAGAACAUCUAUGGGAUUUUGGGGCAUUCGUAAGGAGUAUAAUAAACUUCAAACAACACUUAAGAAAUUAGUAUUUAAUAUUAAUAAAGAGAAAGGAUUUAUAGUAUGUUAUAAUGGUCCUGAUCCCGAAAGUACAAAUGUUACAUGGCAACAAUAUAAAAUUGAAUUUGAUGGAAAAUUUAAUAAGUUAACUCAUGGAACAAUUAAAUUAACCACUGGUAUAAGUGAUGAAACUUAUACGUUGAUUCCAACAGUUGAUGAAGGUUACUCUUUUGUAUAUAAAGUGAUAACAAAUGAUUUGUCAAGAGGUCAAUUAUACGCUACAUUUAUAAGUUAUAAUCAAAAAGGUUCAGCAAAUUUUAUAUUGUAUCAAUCAAAUUUAGCAGAUAUAGAACCUGUACCAAUAUCUUGUAAUAUUGAAUAUGAUGGAGUUGGCCAUACUUGUUCCGUAUCAGGACGUGAAGUAACUCGUAUUACUACUUCUAAUAUUACACAUAACAAGAUUAGAUUUUUAUCAUCCGGAUCAAUUGUUUCAUUUAAUGUUACAAACCUCAUGCCUCCUAAUAAUACUGGUUUAACUUCAACUUGGAUAUUUGAGAGUUUAUUGUUUGGUGGUUAUUUAAUAACGAAACGUGAUGGGGUAAUUGAUGGAAUGUAUUUUUGUGUUUAUCCUGAAAGCGGCAAUAUAACUUGUCCUUCGGGAUUAGAACAACCUGUAAAGAUAAAUUCAAACUAUGCAUAUACAGUAUUACCAAAUAAUACUCUUUUGAUCGCUCAAAUAGAAUAUAAUAAUACUUGGAGAUUACAUGUAAUAGAUUUACCUAAACAAACAGAAAGAGGUAAUGGUUAUUUUAACACAAAUAUAAAAUCAACAUACCCCGAAAUUCAUUCCUCAAUAAAUUCGGAUAUUACAAAUAUUUCAAUUGAUUUUUAUAAACCAGUAACAUUAUCAUCGGAUGUAGAUGGUAAAAUAUUAAUAUAUCAAAAGAUAGGACAAAAGAUUAUUUUACGACAAAAAACUUUUGCAACACAAUGUAAAUUAGAUAAUGAUGAUACAAGAGUCAUUAUAGAUAUACUUAAUAGUACUUUUAGUAAAUCAGGAGGAAUUUAUUUUGUCAAAAUUGAGAAUAAUUUUGUUAAAGAUAGAAAUUAUAGGGAACCUUUAUUAGGUGUAAAAGAAAAUGUUUGGAGUUUUACAAUUGAAGAUAAAAAAAUGACAUAUACAUUCACUAGUUCAACAACUGGUUUAUUUCGAUUAACUGAAAAAGGAACAGAAUAUUGUGAAGGUUUAUCAGAUGAUAAACAAAAUAAGUUUUUUGAUGAGUUAUUGGAUGAAUUAGCUGAUGCAGUUCAAAUAUUACGAAAUCGUCUUAGUAAAUAUAAAAAUUAUCAAAUUGAUCCCAAUUCGAAUAAAUCGAAACAAAAGAAAUUUUUGAUUUCUAUAAAAAUUGAAGAAACCAAGAAUGAAUAUGAAAAAGAUGUUGAUACUGUAAUAAAGGAUAUCAGUUAUAUGAUGUCAAAUAAUAAUCAAACUCCUAUUGGAAAUUAUCAACUUGCUUAUUUAGACUCUAAUUAUGGUUUUAACCCUGCUCCGGAUUAUUGGCAAGAAUAUAAAUUCAAAUUAUUAGGCAUACUUUUAAUCUUGAUAGCAUUAAUCGUCCUUUUCAUUCUUGCUAGUAUAAGAGAAAAAAAGGGUCAAAAUAUUGCUAUCUUUAAAUUCGCCUUAUUUAUUUUUGAUUUUAUUGCGGAUAUUCUUUUUCUAACAAAUAAUGCUGAUGAUGUGCGUGAAUUAUAUAUUCCAAGUAUAAUAUUCUUUACAAUUCCUAUAGUAUUCAAUACAAUAUUUGCAUUUUUAAUAAUAAUAAAAGAAAAUAAGAAAUCAGAAUUUUCUCACUGGUUUAUGGAAAAUAGUAAAUUUGCAAGCAUAUUUACAAUAUUGGCAGGAGUUGAUGUUGAAAUAUUAGGUAUUUUGGAGUCAAAUAUAGCUGGGUUUAAAGUUUUUCAAGCUCCACUUUCUGAUUCUGUUAGAAAAAAAAUAUUUUGGGGUGCUUUUUCAAACCUUUUUAUUGAAGAUAUUCCUCAAUUAAUUAUUCAGGUAUUAUAAAUUUGAUUUAUAAGAUUUCCGUUAUAAUAUCUUAUAGAAUUCCAAUUUGAAGUUUUGCAUCAUCAUCAAUAAAUCUUAUAAUUAAUAUCGUAGGACGCUUAUAUCAAGCUAUAAUAUAUGUUCGGAAGAGAAGAUUACAACCUCUAUCCAUUAUUGAACGUGAUGAUGAGUUGAUAAAAGAUACAAAAUAAAAUGUUACGUUAAUAUCUUAACGUAUUGAAUAGAGAAAAUAAUAAUUCCUGGAAAUAUAGUAUUAUUAUUAGUCACGUGAGAUAUGCUAAACGCGAAUAAAUUUAGAAUUAAAAUUUUCAAAUCAACUUCAUUGAAUAUCAAAAACAAAU